ACAUUCACCGUGAUUGCUGGGAAUAAACAACCACCAAAUUAUUAAUAUUUUGGCAAACUAUGAUUUCUAAAGAAUCUUAACAAAUAUUUUAAACUAAACUAUAGUUUUAUCCAUUGCUGUGUGACUGUGGAUUUAUCGUAACAGUAAGGGGAUGGGAACUAGUAUUACCUGCAAGUAAAGAUGCUUGGUAAAUGACACUAAUGAAGAACCUCAAUGCAAUGCUUAGCAGGAUCCGAACUUGAAAUUCAUUACAAUGGAAACGUCGCUAGCAAGUACAAUGUAGUGCUUUGCCAAUUCCUGUUAAUAGUAUUAUGAAACUAUGCUUAAACUGUAUACUAUUAAGUUACUUUAAAUGACCUGAACCAGCGGUCCCUUGACCAACAUGGCACACGUGAGGAAGCUCCACGCUUGGUCAUCUUUUCUACACCGAGCCUCCACAUUCAACAGCCGGACAGCAGCUUCUCUUACCCAGGCGGGGACCAGCUUCCUUCCCCGGUGUGGACAUGCCAUUGUACCGCAGUGCAGCAGAGCUUUUCGCCUCUCUGGUUUCACCUUUAGGCACUCCGACGACUUCACCGUAAACACAGGUUACACACAGGACGAAGAUGAUGGUGAAGACGACUGGAUGGAGGAGAAAGAAGUGGAAGAGCUGUUCCAAGAGCUGCAGCCCACCACAGCUAUUCCAGGGGACCAACAACAGGUCUUUGUGCUUCACCCCAAUGUCAAGUGGGGUAGCAGGAAGCAACAUUUGACCACAGCCGAGCUGAUGAUGGCAGAGGCUGUGGCGUUAGUCAACACGUUGGACAAGUGGACAGUGGUGGAUCGGCUGGUUGUGUCCACCAAGACACCGGAGAAGAGGAAGAUCUUUGGCAAAGGAAACUUCCAGAUGAUUACUGAGAGAAUCAGGCAGACGGCAGGAGUCACUGCUGUUUUUGUCAACGUGGAACGUCUCAGUCCGUCGUCAGAGAGGGAGCUGGAGGAGGCAUGGGGGGUGAAGGUGUUGGACCGAUACACGCUGGUGUUGCACAUUUUCCGCUCUAACGCCAAAACCAAAGAAGCCAAGCUGCAGAUCUCGCUGGCUGAAAUCCCUCUACUCAGGUCACAUCUGAAGAAUGAAUUCUUCAACUUGGACCAGCAGGGUGGAGGCACUCGAUACAUCGGGGGCUCAGGUGAGACGCAGCUGGAGGUCCAGCAGAGGCUGCUGAGGGAGCGUGAAUUGAAGAUCCGCUCGGCGCUGGAAAAGCUCGGCAGGAAACGGCAAAUGCUUCGGUCACGCCGCAAGCAGAAGGAGUUCCCGAUUGUCUCUGUGCUGGGAUACACCAACUGUGGCAAAACGACGCUAAUCAAAGCGCUGACAGGCGACGCUGGGCUUCACCCGCGAGAUCAGCUUUUCGCCACGCUGGAUGUGACGGUGCACGCGGGCGCUCUACCCAACCGCCUCGCCGUCCUCUACGUCGACACCGUCGGUUUCCUGUCGCAGCUGCCUCAUCGGCUCAUCGACUCCUUCGCCGCAACGCUCGACGACAUCAAGCACUCGGAUGUUUUGCUCCACGUGCGCGAUGUGAGCCACCCGGAGAACGUCAACCAGAAGGCCAACGUGUUGAACGUCUUGAAAAACCUCCGAGUGCCUGACACGCUCCUGAGCUCCAUGAUUGAAGUCCACAACAAGAUUGACCUCCUUGAAAACUACGAUUCCACGGAACCCGAUGUCGUGGCCAUAUCGGCACUGGAUGGCCGCGGCCUGGAUGCACUGAAGGCAGAAGUGGAGCAACGCGUGAUGGCGGCGACCGGUCAACAAGCGCUCAGCCUGAAGGUGGACCUCGGCACACCGCGGCUCAGCUGGUUGUACAGGGAGGCCGCCGUGCGGGACGUCAAAGUGGACGCUGACGAGGGGUCUGCCGUCGUUGAGGUUGUCAUCGGCGCCGCCGCUUACGGACGCUACAAGAAGAUGUUUGGCGAGGGACAGGAUACGUAUGACUGACUGUAUUUAUGAAAAAUAAAUUAAGUUUUAUUUCACUUUGUUUUGACAGCAAUACACGUCAAAUCCACUGUGAGUGGUUAGCAUUGAAUGAUCGAUGGCAGAGAAUGGUUCAUAGAGAUGUCUUAAAAAUGAAAAUGUACAAUUUUUAAAAUUCUGGCAUUUAUUUUACAGGCACUUGUGAUCAUUUAGUUUUUUUAGUGUUUGAACUAAGGGUUUCAAACUACAUUUAGGGUUUUAAACUAAACCCUAAUGUGGAACCCUAAACCUAUUUUUGACAGGCUACCUGUGGUUUCAAACCAAGAUGAGGGUUGCAAAGUAGGGUAAAUGUUUCAAAUUUGGGUUCUAAACUAGGGUUGUGGUUCCGAAGUAGGGUUUCAAAUUAGGGUUAAAGUUGCUAAGUAGGGUUUCAAAUUACAGUUAGGGUUCCAAAUUGGUGUUUGUAACUAAACCCUACUUGAACCCUAACCUUAUUUUGACAGCCUACUUGGGGUUUUGAAACUAGGGUAAGUGUAAAUGUAGGGUUCUUAACGAGUGUUUGGGUUUCAGUGAAGGGUUUCAAACCAAGGUUAAGGUUCAAAAGUAGGGUUUCAAAUUAACAUAUAAAACCAUGAUUACAGCUCCAAAAUUGGGUUUGAAUCUAGGGUUAAGAUUCCAAAGUAAGGUUUCAAACCCGAGUAAGGGUUCCAACUUGUCUUACAUUCCAAAGUAAGGUUUCAAUUUAGGAUUAUAGUUUUUAUUCAAAAUUAAGGUUUCAGAAUAAAGAUAGGUUUUCAAAGUAGGGUAAAAAUCCAUAUUGGGGUUUGUAAUUUGGGUUUUAAACUAGAGUUGGGGUUUCAAACCCAAUAUUGGGGUUUCUAAUUUGGGUUUUUCACUAGGGUUGGGGUUUCAAAUGAGGAUUUCAAACUGGUAGUAGUGUUCCAAAAUAGGAUUUGAAAACCACUUUGGGGUUUGUAGUUAAGGUUUCAAACUAGUGGUAGGGUUUCAAUGUGGAUUUCAAACUAUGGUUAGGGUUUUAAAAUAGGGUUAGGCAUAGACUUCACUAUCAGUUGACGCGCCUCGGGGCCGAACCGUAGGGGGGCGAUUUUCAAAAACUUGAAAUUAAAAUAUUUUCAAAACCAAAGUCGCUAGCACCCUAAAACCAAAACAGGCACCUCCCUUUGGCAAAAAUGAGUCUCCAUGAGCAGCGACAUCAAAAAAUUCAAAGUCGUUCCCUAAUAAAAUCCUGAUUAUUUUCUAUACAAAUAUAACAAAACUAAAUUUUCAAAUUUUACGCUAGAUGCAGCAAAAACACCAAAUGCAGAGAUAAUCACCUAUAUUUUGAAUUCUAUAUAUAUAUCCAGAAUUCUGGGCCGGCACCCCAACCCCUCCUAAAGGUAUUUUUUGUGCAAUUAAGUCAUUAAUUUGUACCGGUAAGCAUUAUGAAUAUUAAUUAAUAUACAAUGAUUCGACGUUGGAAUUUACUACUUGCUCACAUUUGAUGUGGAAAAAGUAGCGAUAAAUUGCAUUUUUGCACAGUAACAUUUCCUCUUUUUUAUAAUUCAAAUUUGUAUAUAUGUAUAUCUUUUCAAGAGUUAUCGGCUUGACAUUAUCGGUUAUCGGCUGGAAGGAGGAGGUGAUUAUUGGUUAUCGGUAUCUGUUGAAAAAUGCAUUAUCGUGCAUCAUUAAUUUCAAGGUCGGGUUUCAAACUAGGGAUAGUGUGUAAAAUACCGAUUGAAGACCUGACUUGCCGUUUAAAAUAGGGUUUAAACACGAAUUAGGUUUUCACAGUACUGUAUCAAAUAAGGGUUAGAUUUUCAGAUUUAGGUUUUAAACUUGGCAUAGGGUUUCAAAUUAUUUGUUGCGAGUUAUUUUUAUUCUCAUCCCAUUGUCAAACUACUUGCCUUCCAAGCUGUGGAAACACCGCCAGCCGAACGAAGUGCCGCUCUGCCGGCACCGCUCCCACAAGCCAACCGGUGGGGGCCGACCUUCCGCGUGUUUCCCUCUUGUGUUAACCCUUUGUACUGACUCUAUGUUCCAAAAGUCUGAGGAAGGCUCACCGAAAACAGGUUGACAAUUUAUUCUUUGGCAGUGGUCAAAAAACAAGGCAAAACAGACGACGGAGGAACAAUGCUGGAUCCAAAACAAGGCUACAUAGAAAUGUUUCUGAGCAGCAAACCGUUUGUCAUCUCAGUGUCCAGUCUUUUUGAAAGCUGCGGUGUAGUGGGCCGGGCCGAAGGUGUGGCUGGGUGUUGUCUUGGGAUAAUGCCUCUGUGGCCGGUUUUGGGCGGUUAGGUUCGUGCGUCAUCAUUCAUGGCUGGGACGUGGUUGGCACAGCGACCGCCGCUGGUCUUGACGUCCCAAGCGCCCGCUAUCAACUUUGUUAUCCUGGCUGGGCGAGACGCUACUUCUUUUAGGACAGAGCGCCCUGCUCUUUGUCCUUGGAGUGGCCGGGAGAACUGAUUGCGAGAGUUGGUGCUGGGCUUCUGUGAUAAUAAGAUGGCGUUGUGUAUCUAUUCUGCUUCUUUUCAUUAAACUAUGGUGUGCUAUUUAUUUUAUAUUAGGUGUUUUAGAGUAGUACAAACAAUCCUACAGUACAUAUGAGAAAUGAUACUAUUCCUUGAUUGAUUAUAAGUGUGUUAGAGUAUUGCAAACAGUUAUAUGGUGUGUGCGAGAAAGGUAACUAUUCCCUUCACUUGAUAGACAGGCGGACGAGUAGCCACUCCCACUCGCCGUCCUGCACGGUGACCACACAACAAAGUCACCACACACAAUGACCUCAUACAAAUAUUUAUGCAAAUAUACAUGAGUAAAAAGUUAUGGAAUGAGUCAAGUAUUUAUGCCUUUUCCUGAAAUGACACAAUUAACUCUUUCGCUGCCAUUGACGGUGAUAGAUGUCCAAACAUUUGACGACCAAUCAUCCUUCUGCUGUGAAUUGAAAUGAGUUUAUCACUCGUACUAGUUUAUCACUAGUAGACGUCCAAUCCAUUUUGAAGUUGGAGGAAAUGGAUUGGACGUUUAGCACUGUCGAUGGCAGACAAAUGGAAUCAUAUGAGCAGUUUCAGUCUGAUGCUACGCAGACUAGCUAGCUUGCUAACAUCUGUUACGAGCUAGUAGCUUGCUAGCUAACAUCUGUUUCCCACUGUUUUUCGGCGAGCAGCUUUUUGUUGAGGUUGACGACAAGCGGGCAGAGGGGCAGCGGGCCCACAAAGUCCCCGGCGAUGAUGUUGAGGCUACCGGGCUCCGGACCGGGGGUCUGUUCUUUCACCCACUCCCUCAGAGUGGGCCACUGCGCCCAGGUUAUUGUGCGAAGGGACUCCUUUGGGUUGGUGAUGAUGUACGACCUGUACGCAGUCAGAUUCAGGCCCGCCACAAAGAAGCCCUCUGCGGAGACACACGUCAUUUUGCCAUGUUAGCAUUUGAAAACGGCAAGAAAACUAUGAUUGACAAAUCGAUUGGACGUCGACGUUCAAGGAGAUGACUAAGAUUAAUAAGUAGGGUGCCCAAACGUCCUCUUAUGCCCGGACAUGUCCACUUUUUACAUCCUGACCGGGGCGUCCGGCGGGGUUUUUAUAAAUCGAUGAAAAUGAUCGGUUUUCAUUACUUGUCGUGGGACCAAUUAUCAUGUGUUGAAAUUGACUGACACUCACUCGGCCGUCCGAGCUGCUGGUUCCACUCCAGGAAGCUAAUGGCGGCGCGUGCGGUGCGCUGAUUAGCCCACCAGUAGGGGAUGCUGGGUAGCAACUCGGCAUGUCUGGAAGCCACAUCUGCGUCGUACGAUAAUAGAACCUGACGACCCAAUGCCCAAAGACGGCGCAGGGACCAGCUAGCUUCCUGUGCAGAGGUCAAAAUAUGCAUAGAGCAUUAGCAUAAAUGAGCUUCAAAUAUGCAAAUCGCAAAAUUAUUAGAACGAAACACAGACAAUGGCACAUUCCAAGCCGCUGACAUUUUGGAUACUCCCAAAUUCUUUUUUUCUCCUUUGCUACUGAUAUUGUGUUUAGGGAUGGGAACCUCUUGGGACCUCACAAUACGAUAUGAUUUGCGAUGCAAAACUCACGAUAACGAUGAUCUGGUUUGGUCUCAACUUUGGUAAGGAUGAUAUAUAACAGCCUAAACUGCAUGUACACUUUUUGCUGUGGACGGGACUUUAAUAAGUCCAAAAUUUCCACAUUUCUCACGAUUAUGAACUUAAUUUUAUAUGCGAAACGAUUAAAGCAAAAUAAACCUGUAUUGACAUAUACUAUUAUGUGUAUUGGUUCACGUGAUACAACGUUCGAUUUAAAUCUUUGUUUUCAACAACUAUUAAAAAAACAUUUUGAAGUGAAUGUCCCUUUAGUAAAAAAAAAAAAAAAAACUGGGCGCUAUCCGGGAGUGAGUCCACUUCUGGGGGACACUGGCGCACCCCUAGACUCACACUUAAAUAUUGUAAUACAAAAGUAUAAAAAAAAAUAUCAUGAAAAUAAAUCAGAGAUAUCCAGGGACCGGUCUACAUCUGAGGCAUCCAAAGUACUCUCAUGAAAUUCUGGUAUGUGAUUUCACUUUUUUUUAUCAUGUCAGUUCAUGUUCAUGUCAGACCUGCAUCAAAGUCAGCAUAGCAUUAAUCUGUGUGAAUUUAAUUCACUGCGGUCAGGCCAGCUUCCACAAGGAAAAACAAAGUCAAGGUAGCCGACCCUCUUUUGGAUCAUUGUUUGCAUUAUGUGCAUUUCCAUAAUGCAACGCGGUGGCUUCUGAGUGCAAGUCCCAAGAACGGGUCCACUUCGGAGGGACACUAACACUGGCCUGACCGCAGUAGUUUUGCAGUUUAUAAAGUUCACACAGAUCAAUGCUAUGCUAACUCUGAUGGAAGUCGGACUUUUAGUAGCAAAAUUAGUGUUUUCCCCACCUCCACAACACUGACGUCUUUCUGCAUUACUUACAGUGGCUUGUGCUGGCCGAAAAAAAUUCUAAUAUCCCUCCUCUUCCAAGGGGGUGGAGGAGGCGGCACGUUGUACUUCUGUCGGUGAGAUUGUGUGAGUGUGCAUCUGUCUGUGUGG